UAGUGGGUCAAAAUGUCCGAUAUAUUGUCAGCUUGGUGUAUUUCUCUUUUUAUUGUGAAACUCUUUGAAAAUCUUUAAUUUCUUGAACUAAAAUCAUGGGAAAACAAUUUUCCUCAACGUGGACGUAUUUCACGAAGGUGGACGAGAAGCUGGCACAGUGCAAUUUGUGCAAGAAGAUUGUGAAAACGUCGGGAAAUACGACAAACGCCACGAAUCACCUCAAAAUCAGGCACAAAAUGUUUCCCCGGGCCAUUCCGGAAUCAUCUGCUAAUUAUGCAACUAAGAAGAAUGUUGCUGUGGAGCAGGAGUACCAAAAACAGGACGAGGAAGAUAUUCAAAUUGUGGAAGAGGAGGUUUGUGAGCAGCUCGAUGAGCAUUCACGGGACAGCUAUGUUGAGCAGCAAAUUGAGGAGAAGGAGACUAGCGAGGAAGAAGUGACUUAUUGCAUGGAGAUGCUGGAUGAUGAAGAGGAGAAAGUGUCUGAAGAUUCGAGGGUGCUCAGGACUAAAAUGCCAUACAGAUAUUCUGCCAGGAGCGUACAGGAAGACACCAAGAGGGUUGAGAAGCAUAGAAAUGCUCAGGCGGGAAGCAGUGACUCUCUUUCUGCUCCCAGGUACGAUUUCUCCUCAGCCGUGGACAUCUUUUUCGCCUCAAUGGCGGCAACAGUGAAGCAAAUGCCUCCGGAAAAGAUUGUGGCCAUCAAGCAGAAAAUCUCCACAAUUGUCUUCCAGGAGGAACUCCAGCAACUCAGGAACGAAAGCCUGCACUUCAGCAUUCACGAAUAGGGGAAGCAAAACAACUUUAUUGAGUUAAAAAAUAUGUUAAAGUUUUAUUUAUGAUCGAGAAACAACAAAUAAACAAUAUUCUUCUCAAAAA